CUGCUUUUUAGUGGAUCCCAGGUCUGAUCUUAUUGUGUCUUACAUGGGUCUUGAAAUUUCUCUAUAAAUAGAGAGCUAAAGAGCAACUACUAAACACAUAACUUACACAGAGCAAACAAAAAGACUAAGAAAAAUUACCAAAGAUAUUUACCAAACAAAAUGUCUUCCUCUUCCUCUCCCUCGCCCAUAUCAGCGGCUCUUAAUUCGCGCUCCGAUGCAGCCAAGAAUCUCAAUGAAUUGAUCGCGAGGCAAGGACCAGAUUUUGGUUUCGCCAAAAGCAGAAUGAUGAACGGCAUGAACAAUGAAAUCAAAUCGGCGUUAGGUGACGAGUACGUAUCGAAGAAACUACAUGAUCUAAAGACGGGUUACAUGAUGAAUGUGAGAGAUUUAUUCCUCCAAGCACACCACGUGGCCAGGAUUAUCAAAACGUCAUGGAACGAUGACGGAAAAGCGAAGAUUUAUGAUCUCGUAGAAGUGGUACACCAACCAACAAACGAACGCUUCAUCGCCGAGAUCGACAUGCAUGACGAGCUUCAAAAAGUCAUAAACGUUCCUGAAGACAUCAAGAAGGACUUGCCCUCUACGUUUGUAGGAAACGCCGAUGAUCUCCGCCGCCUGGUAUCGGCUGUUUCCGGCGAACAAGUUGAAGAAAUUGAGGAAAGCGUUCUUGCAAAAUGGCUUGCCCGUAAUAACGGUAUCUAAGCCCACUGGGCCUUUCGUCGUUUUAAUUAAUUAACCGUUGUCGUUUACUUUGCGCAUGUAUAUACAAUUCCGUCGUCGUUUAAUUGUUAGACACUCUCAUUAACCAGUAAUAAAAGAAAAGAUUUUAAUCUCUCUCUCUUAUCUUAUAUAAAGGAAUUCAUUCCAUUUAUCUCUC